AUGAAGAGCACCUGCUUGAACAUUCUGUUCCUGGCCGCCGCUGCCAACGCUCAGCGCGUCGUCCAGGCUAGCAUCCAGCACUUUGAGAGCAAGGAGCUGGGGCCUGCGGUGCCGCUGAUCAAUCUCGGCCUCGGCACCCCGGCACAGAACAUCACCGGCAUCUUUGACACGGCCUCCUCCGACAUCAUCGUCCCCGAGGCCGCCCCAUUUAAGCCCGACGCCGUCGCCGGCCUCCAGCUUCUGGCUGGGGAGAGCUUCAAUGCGACACUAAGUCGAGGUGAGCACUUUGAAGGCGACUACGCCAAGACUACUGUUACUCUUGAUGGUGUCGAAGUGCCCGACGCGCAGGUCGGUUUCGCGUCCAACAUCCAGACGCAAGCGAACAUCUCCGAUUUCGCAGUGGUUGGCGUGGGACUGGUCGCUCGUGAAGCGACGGUGAACAAGUACAACAACCUUCCGAGGAUAUUAAACGUAUCUGGCGUCACCAACAGCCAGGCUUACAGUGUUGUCCUCAACGCGACCCCAUCGGGCAACGGCAGUGUCUUUUUUGGCGGUAUUGACCGCUCCAAGUUUACGGGCGACCUCCAGCAGGUCCCACUCGUCAAGGACAAGGCGGGCCAGUUCUCCGAGUUCCUUGUCGAACUGAGCUCCAUUGCCUUGGUCCCGGCGGCAGCGCCAGCCAAGGUCAGGCGCAGCACGCGCCAGGAGCGGCGCGAGCAAAUCAGGCGCAUGUCAUGGCACAAGAAGCGCCAGGGCUUCAGCUUCGAUGGUGGUGAAGAAUCCUCUGGCUUUGGCCCUGGUGAUCAAUCGUUUGGCUCUGGCCCUGGCGAUCAAACAUUUGGCCCUGGUCAAUCAUUUGGCCCUGGUGAUCAAUCAUUUGGCCCUGGCCCUGGUGAUCAAUUAUUCGGCCCUGGCUCCGGCGGACUAUCCAACCAAAUUCAGGACCCCAUUCAGGGGGGCACAUUCGAAGGUCCCGCCGGUGGCUUCGAUAACAGCUUCCGGAAACCUACUGUUGACGAAAACGAGGGUACCCCCAAUGGGAUCGAUGGCGGUUUCCAGAGUCCUUCUGAUGACGGAACCAAGGUUCUUCCUGGUGGCUUCGAUAACGGAUUCCAGGAUGGAAAUCAGGGUAUUCCCGGUGUCCCCAGUAACAACCCUACAGACAGCAAGAAGCCCGGCAACAACCAGGGCAUCAUUGAUGGCAACAACCCUGUGAACAACGAUGGCGGCAAGAAAAAGGGCAUCACGGAUGGCAUCACUGAUGGUAACAAUCAGGGCAUCAAGGAUGGCAACAACCAGGGCAUCAAGGAUGGCAACAACCAGGGCAUCAAGGAUGGCAACAACCAGGGCAUCAAGGAUGGUAACAAACCUGUAAACAACGAUGGUGGCAAGAAGAAGGGCAUCACGGAUGGCAUCACGGAUGGCAACAACCAGGGCAUCACUGAUGGCAACAAUCAGGGCGUCACUGAUGGCAACAACCCUGUGAGCAACGACGGUGACAAGAACAAGGAGCCCCUCAACCAAGAAGACCCCAGCAACAGCCCUGUGAACAACAACGACGGCAAGAAGAAUGAACUCCCCAAUCAAGAAGCCCCCACAGAAACACGCAAGCAAGGUGCCCCCAAAACAACAUCCAAGCAAGCAGCCCCUAAAGAAACACCCAAGCAAGAAGCACCCAAGCAAGAAGCACCAAAGCUAGAAGCACCCAAGCUAGAAGCACCCAAGCUAGAAGCACCCAAGCUAGAAGCCCCGAAAAGAACAUCCAAGCUAGCAGCCCCCAAAACAACAUCCACGCAAGCAGCCCCCAAAACAACAUCCUCCAAGCAAGCAGCCCCCAAAGAAACACCCAAGCAAGAAGCCCCCAAGAAAGAAGCCCCCAAAAAGGACAACGGCGGCGGCCAGCCUGCCAAACUCAUCGCCGCGACCGAUCUCGGUCUCGAUCAGCGCAGCGCCGUUACCCUCAUGAACACGGCCGGCGGCGCAAUGGCGCUGCCCGCCGCCGUCGUCGCGAAGAUGGCUGGCGCGCUCGGUACCAGCUUUUCCGCGACAAAUGGCCUCGGCCCCGUCGAUUGCGGCCGUCUGGGCGGCGACGCGGCUCUGCUCAUGCGCUUCCGCAACGACACCGUCGAGGCGCGCGUUCCGCUCAGCAACCUACGCGUCUCCGCGGAGUUGGCGGACCCGGCGAUUGCGCAACGCGGCCUCUGUGAGGUGGCUGUCCGGCCGGUCCCGGACGGCGGCGAGGAGCCCAACGUCGCCACGCUGCCGUUCUUUGCAGCCAUGUAUACUGUCUUUGAUCUCGGCAACAGAAGCCUGUGGUUCGCGCAGGCCAGUGGUGACCCCUCCGUGCCAGGCGCGCAGCUCGAGGAGUUCCCUUAG